GUGCAUCUUGUCCCCUCCCUUGACCCAACACCCUAUUGUCCUCUCGUCUUUCCACUCUGCGCGCGGACCGGAGACAAUGUCUGGCCGCGAAUUCACGCCUUUGUAACAUUCAUGGCGUGCCGUCUGUUCCGUCUCGGCCUGCUUGCCGCCUGCGCGCAGCUUGUCGCGGCUGCCGACCUCGUCCCUGGCCGGGCGUUUGAUCGGUUCAUCAGCAUCUGGCUUGAGAAUCAGGAUUUUGACAAGGUCACCGCCGACUCUGCCUUUGCCGAGCUCCGGAAGCAGGGCAUACUCCAGACCCGGUACUACGCGCAGACGCACCCCAGCCAGCCAAACUACCUCGCCGCCAUUGCAGGCGACUAUUGGGGCCUCGACCACGACGAUGUCGUCCGCAUCCCCAAGAACGUGUCGACCAUUGUCGACCUUCUAAACGACAAGCGUAUUUCAUGGUCUGCCGCAAUGGAGAGCAUCCCCUCGCCAGGGUACCUAGGUAACGCCAGUCUUGCAGAGGACGGGUACACCGUAGACUAUGUCAGGAAGCACAACCCCUUUGCCUCAUAUGACUCCAUUGCGAACCAUGGUUUCAAGCUCAUCAAUGUCCGCUCCCUCGACGACUUCAAGCGCAGCCUCGCAGAAGGCACAGUCCCUCAAUUCGUCAUGAUGUCGCCCAACAUGCUCCACGACGGUCACGAUACAACGCUCGAAAAUGCUACAAUAUGGUCACGCGACUUCCUCCAACCUCUGCUCAAGGACAACAGCAAGAUCUUCGCCGAGCGGACCUUGAUCCAACUGACCUAUGAUGAGACGGAGGACUAUUCGCAGCCGAACCGCAUCGUCUCCUUGCUCCUCGGCAACGCAGUCCCCGCGGACCUGCGUGGCACCGAAGACAACGACUUCUAUACGCACUUUUCCAUCCUGUCCACAGUGCAGAAUAACUGGGAGCUGUCCAAUCUGGGCCGGUACGAUGUAGGAGCGAACGUGUUCCGGGUCGUCGCGGAGAAGACGGGAUACAAGAACAUGGAUCCGCCGAACGCCGAGCGGGUGAACAACUCGGUCUCAUACCCUGGGUUUCUGAACAUGAACCAUACUACCAAGCUCACGACGCUGCCGGCGCCGAAUCUUAAUCUGGUCGGUGCUGGCGGGAAAGGGAUACUCCAGUCAAUCAAGGAGACGUGGGGCAAUGGUGCCGGUGCCGGGGGACAGAUCAAGACGCCGUACGAUGGCAAGCAUUAUGUGUUUGACGGGGACAACGUUCCAGAGUAUACGUUGCAAUGACAUAAGCAGUCUCCCGCUUAGAUAUCUCAGUUGCCAUAUUUGAAUUUGUUAAAUCCCAAUCAACCUGGCAGUUCACUCCUU